ACAAUAAUAUUAUUUUUUUUUUGAUAUCUUUUGUAUAAAAAAAAUUAUGUAGGGAGAGUCUUGUGACUUUUGGUUUGGUUCACAUCAUACCAAGAGAAGAUAUGCUAUCGUUGGAUUCUUGCAAACAAAUAUAUUCAAGCAUUGUUGAGUGUUACUCAUUGUUUCUAAACGAGUUAAAUAGGUUGGAAGGUGGAGGUGUUCGAAAAUUUUUCUUUGGUGUCCGCCAUAGCGUAAGUGUUUAUAUCUCAUAGAUUUCAAAUUUGUUAUUGUAGAAAUAUUUUUCUAACUAGAUUUAACUGUUCUUUUAUGCUUUGUAGCUUUGUUUAUUAAAAUUGUUUGAUUGUCGAGAUUCGGAUAACAGCUCGUAUGCCAAUGACUUGCAAAAUUGUUGGGAAGAAUGGGUUACUUCAUUCAAUAGCGGCUGUGAUAUUUUUGUUGCAAAUUUGGUAAAGUUUUUUUUUUUUAAAUUGUGUUCUCCCAUAUAUUUUUAAAAAAACAUAUGGUUUGUGUUAGUAAUAUAUAUUGCUCAUUUUGCAGAUAUAUGUUCCUGUUCUUUAUGAGGACCAUUAUAUUUUAUUUGUUAUCGAUCAUCUGAAGCAAAAAGUCCAGUAUCUUGACAAUAGAAUUUGGGGUGAAGAAAAAAUUGCAACUUUUCGAGAUCUUUCAUUUCAUGUGUGUGAUCAAAUGGGUGAUUUUCUUGCAAAAAGAAAUCAUCCAAAUGCAGAGUUAGUUCCACACUAUAAAUUUGAAGUUCAAGAAUUUGAUUGGAAAUCAAGUAAGAGUAAUAAUGAUUGUGGUGUUUUUCUGAUUCAUCACAUGCAAUUCUACGAGGGGACUAAGUUUGAUAAUGUGCAUUUGAUGAAGGCUUUGGGGAGGCGAUUUCUUCGAGCACAGAUUUGUGCCACUCUUGUGUUGUCGGAUAUGAAUGAAUCAAGGAAUGAUACAUUGUCUAAGUUGGAUGAUUUUAACAAAAAUAGAGACGUGUUGGCUGCUGAGGUAAGAUCUAGAAAGAAGGCUAUUGUUGUUGCUCAGAAGGAGAGGAUGAAUCAAGAGAAGGAAAAAGCACAUAAGAUGGUUGGUUUGGAGAAAAGAAGUGGGACAAAAGUAAAAAGGAUCAUCAAGAAAAGGAGAUUGAGUUAGAUUGCUUAUGAUUAUGAGUAAACUUUUUUGUAAUUAGGAGUAAAGUGGGUAGUUUUUUGUUCAUAUUUUGUUGAAAAGUAAUCUUUAGAACUUGAACUUUUGGACUAUGGACAAUGUUGUAGGAUUUUAAUCUCUAGUUUUCACUUCUGAUAGAAGUUUUAUGUAUAUAGUCUCUAACUCUCUGCAAGGUUUGUUACUAGUGGCUUGACUGGUGGCUAAUUGGAGAAAAUAAUGUUUGGUGUUAAUUGCACUUUCCCUAUGUGUAUCUAGAUAAUUGCUUUUUUUCUUCUUUUGACCUCCCACUUCGGUGAUCUUGCCAAUUGGAUAAUUGCUUUUUUUCUUCUUUUCAUGGGUAAGAGAUGGACUUUCGAUAUUGAAACAAGUUAAUGAUCAAGUUUGUAUUGAAUGUCUCCCAAGAAUUAUUUUUUAUUUGAUAAAGAUGAAAGGAGAUAGUCAAUGUAACGUAUAUAAAAUCGUUAUUAUUUACUUGUUAUGUACAUAUAAAAUCGUUAGUUGCUCAAAUUAUCUUAUUAGUUACCCUUAUCAAUGUAUAAGUUAUCCAUAUAAUACUUUACUUCUUGUAUUUUAAUUACUUGUAAUGUAUAUUUAAAAUUGUUAGUUGCUCAAAUUAUCUUAUUAGUUACCCUUAUCUAUCUAUAAGUUAUCCUUUGUCUAACCAAGUCAAUGUAAAAAUCUUUAGUUGCUCAACUUAUCUUAUUAGUUAC